GCCGUGCAGCUCUUGGGAAGUUCGGCGAGGGAAGCUCGGUGGGUGGGCGGUUGUGGGGGCGCAGCGCCGUUCUAGGUACGUUGAAACUGAGAGUCCCGCGCGGGCGACGGUUGGCGGGGCGGCGGUUGCGCGGUCGCUUUGCGUCUCCCUGAAGGCCCGCCACAAAGGCUUGCCGAACGCCGCCUGAGCAGGGAGGUUGCGCCAGGGCUGACUGAAAAGGAGCCCGUGGAGUCCCUGGCGCUCCGACCUGGCCGGGAAGAAGCCCACAAGGGGCGUAGGGUCGUGUCUACACCUGCUUUCAGAGCAGGACGCGGGUGUAAUGGGUGUGGUGGCUGCCCCACGUUGAGCGGAUCCGCGCGGGAGUCGGGACUGCGGAGGGAAGUUGCCUCAGUGUUUUUUCUGGAAGAGUCUCAUAAAACCUGGAACUUUUCCUGACCUAAAGAUUUGAUGAAUAUAGGAAAAGAAAGCUUCAAGAUAUGAAAGAUGGCAAGUCCAGAUAGAAGUAACCGGAAAAUAUUAAAAGCCAAAAAAACAAUGCCUCCAAGUUGUCGGAAACAAGUAGAGCUCCUAAAUAAAUCAAAGAGUCUUGAAGCACUGAAAACAGCAACAGUUGGGAAUAAUGUGCCAAAUGGUAAUCAGAAUUUAAGUACUGGUGUCAUACAAAGCAAAUGUACGCAUUCUGAAAAUGAUGCCACCGCAUUGGACUCUAGCAAAAAUUCAGUAUGGUCACAGAAAAUUAAAGUAGCCCCUCAGAAUUUAAUAGAACCAGUAGAAAACAUUGUUAAUUCAGAAACAAAAUUGGAAUACAUUGAUGAAGAAGUUGUGGGCCCUUACAAAAAGCCAGGUAAAACAAUAUAUUCUCUCAAGAAACUGUUCAUAGAAGAGGCAAAAGAUUCACAGAAUACUUCUGAAAAUUAUUUUGAAAGUCAGGCAAAUAUAACAAGAUCCAUUUUUGAGCUACACAUAGGGGAUUGUGAUCUAAAAUCCAUUUACUGUUCACCUAAUGUAUUGAGUGGUAUAGUUCAAAUACCAAAAUAUACAAUAACCAGUACCUUGGAUGAUAAGGGAAGCGAAAACAUGGUUUCAUAUUUAGAAACAAACUCCAAGUCAGAGUCCCAUGAUAAGAAGCAAAAUAACAACAGUUUAAAUUCAGACUCCUGUUUUGUGCCCAUUGAGAAAACACCUAACUUGGUAAAUUCACUAAGUUCCAGCAAAUAUGCUGCUGAUGUUUUGAAAACUGAAGAAUCUAGUAGAACUUGUCAUUCCAGCAUUUCAGAUUGUGGAAGUACAGACUCAACGUGGCAUUCAUCUCUCGACAUUGCCAGUAAUAACAGCCAUAAUCAAAAGAAGAGGAUGUUUUCAGAAAACAAAGAAAAUGUUAAGCGCAUGAAAAUUUCAGAGCAAAAUAAUGAAAAUAUUAGUGUAGCUCUGGAAAAGCCAAGAACAUUGCUGGAACAGGUCAGACAUUUGAUUCGACAGGAGAUUCGUAGUAUAAAUUACAGAGUAUUUGAUAACAAACUGGAAGAGUUAAAUGAACGCAUUGGGAAGGCACAGUGCAGGAAUAAGCAUGAAGCAAUAGCUGAUGAACUCUUUGCAAAAAUAGCAAAACUUCAAAGACGUAUUAAAACAGUAUUGUUAUCUCAAAGGAAUUGUUUGGAACCAAACAUGUUAUCCAGUAAUGUAGACUAUAAGGCUGCAAAUUCUGAUGCCUUGAAUUUGGAUAAGAAUCAAGAGUCAGUUAACAGUCCAGAUGAAAGAGUGACUUCUGCCAACUCUGAACAUUCCAAGCCUUCAGAAAAAGGAAAUGAAAAGAUUAAUUUAUUACUGGAUCAUGUUGACUUAGUUUCUGAAAGUAACAAUGAUGAUGUUAUGUUGAUUUCCGUGGAAAGCCCUAAUUUGACAACUUCAAUAGCAUCGAAUCCAACAGAUACUAGAAAAAUUACAUCAGGAAAUUCUAACAAUUCACCUGAUGCUGAAGUGGAUGUUAUGGGUAUAGAGAAGAAAAAACUUGAUUCUGUAAUUGAUCUGACGAAAGAAGGCUUACCCAACUGCAACACAGAAAAUCCAGUCUCCUCUGUGGAGUCACCUUCGAAAGCUGUUUUAAACUCAAAAGAGACAACUCCAGUGGCACAAAUUGCAGCCCAGGUUCCAGAGUCCUUUGAGCACCUGCCACCUCUCCCAGAACCACCACCACUACUACCUGAGCUGGUAGACAAAAUUCGAGACACACUUCCUCCCCAGAAGCCUGAGCUCAAAGUAAAACGGGUGCUGAAACCCAAGGGCAUUGCCCUUACUUGGAAUAUUACCAAAAUCAAUCCCAAGUGUGCUCCUGUGGAAAGCUAUCACCUCUUCCUCUGCCACGAAAGCCCUAAUAAUAAGCUGAUUUGGAAGAAAAUUGGAGAAAUUAAAGCUUUACCACUCCCUAUGGCCUGUACUUUAUCUCAAUUUUUAUCCUCUAACAAAUACUAUUUUACUGUCCAAUCAAAAGAUAUUUUUGGGCGAUAUGGACCUUUUUGUGAUAUAAAAUCUAUCCCUGGGUUUUCUGAAAACCUUACCUAAAAGAAAAGCCUCCAAUAGUUAUAACUGUAAUAUAUAUAUAUAUAUUUUCAUAUUUGAGUUGUUUGUUUUAAUGUUACUCUAACAUUUUUUUUCUAACAUUAUUUGCAAUUUUAAAGGACCAGUUGAGAUUGUGAACCCUUUGCAUAGGGACAGUCCUCUUUCAUAUGUUCUAAGUGGCCUAUCCUAUAAUUGCAUGACUUUCUGAUUCAGUAAGAACUUCCAGUGGUUAUGUUUCAGUACAUAUGCUAUCAUGGACCCAUGUUGCUAGGCUGUGUUGGGAACAACAGUUUUGAUGACUAUGGAGUUGCUGCUUGUAUCAGAAGCCCUAGGGUACAGGUAGCCGCUAUUUCCUCUUUUGAACAAUUAGCUUUUGGUGAUCUGCCCGUGAUCUGUAGAACUACAGGAAAAACCAGAGGCCAUAUUAUCCCUGGGAUGUAUUCCCACCAAGGCUUUACGAAAAUAAAUAUCUUCUCAUUUUGUGUUCAAAUUCUAAAUGUGCUAUCGGUUUGUGUCUUUCCCAACACCCCCCCCCCCUUUUCUUUUUCCUUUUGGCUAUAUUAGUCAUUUGAGGAAAUAGCCUGGAGGUUUUCCUACCUCUUAGGUUCCAGAGUCCUAAAUCUGUUUGUAGUCUGUAUACUGUGUAUAAUAAAAUGUGUUAAACAUAGUGUGCUGUGUACACAAAAUGUACAGUAUCUCUUAUAAAAGCAUUAUCCAACCCACUAUUUUAGUUGAGGAAAAUGGAGUUAUCCACCUUAGAUUUAAGGCUUUAGUUUGCUGAUUCCCUAAUGUGACCUUUUGCUCAUUUGCUGGCUGCCAUCAGUACUCAGCACUGCUAUCAGCAUAACACUAAGAGGCUCUAAUGGCCCAGUCUCUUGUGCAGCCCUCUAUCUGAGGGAACACUGAUUGAGGCCAUGGCCAGAACAAAUAGCCCAAGAAAUUCUAAAUAUGUGAGUAAGUCAGGUUUGAUAAGUUCAUGUCAGGGCCCAAUAGAGACAAACUGUAGAUAGCUAACACUGGAACACUGAAAAAAACAAAAAUAACCCUAACAGUGUGAAUGAGAGUCUGUUUGAGAGAGGGGCAUUCUUUCCUGUUACAUAGUAAAGGUUCAGGCCUCAGGAGGCUCUGAGAUUAAAAAAAUAGGAAGGGAAGAAAGAAAAAAUUGAAUAAAAUAUGAAGAGUGAAUGGUUUUCUAUGGCAUUUUGUGAAUGCUUCAACAUCUUCUGUAAUAAAACUUAUGUUUUCAGUCCUCCAUGCUUUUACCUUCUAAAACAUUAUGAUGGAAAGAGCCAGAUUCUGAACUGAAACUCAUGAGAUCACGCUGUCCUCUGUGAAUUCCCAUUACAAGCUGAGGGCAGUGGGGGCCUCCCUCAGCACAGAACAAGGAAUUCACUCUGGGCAUGGAUUUUAC